AUGGCUGCAGGUCCGGAAAACGUCCCUCCGUUCAUCGCCGCUCAGCUCAGUCAUCUCCUCUCCCACUUCCGCCUCACCCUCAAGGUUGAACAAAUGUGGUCCGGUGACAAAUACAACUCUGGCCCCUUCGAUCGUUUCUCUCUCCUCAUCCCCUACUGCUUAGACUUCAUCAAGUGGGAUGUUAUAUUCGACGCGGAGUCUCCCAGUGCUGCUCCUGAUGUUAUCUUCGGCCCCGAGGACGAAGAUUUUCACCCCUUUCACAUGCAACCUUCCCCCGAAUCAAAUAACAACUCUUUGUCAGAUUGGAACUACAAAGACCCCUCGCGUCUCUUAACCCUCAUUCAAUUCCUGAGGGAUCAGUAUGUGCUGUACCAGAGGAAGCGCGUUGGAGAGGUCGAUGAUGACCGCUUGAAAUUCGAAAUCAGCACUAUCUUGUCCAGGGAGGGAAUAGAAAUGCAUAUGAGCUCUGGUGGUGAGAAGUUAGAGGAGGUUAAAUUUGCUGUGCCCCUACUGGACAUGAACAUAAACAAGAUGGUGUCUUGCUGUCCCUGGAGAUAUUCCCAGAAGAUAUACUUACAGGUUGUAUAUCCUGUUGGAAGAAAAUAUACAUCAGCACCUUCAGCUCCUCGUCUGAAGUUAGUAUCUUCUCCUGAGCUGAAAGCUGCUUUUUCCAUUGAUGAUGUCAAGCUACCUCCUUGGUUGGAUGGCAUGUGUUUGGCAGAAUAUCUUCCAAAUCUGGAAGAAUAUCUUGGUAAACAGGUCUUAGAGGCUGUUUCUCUAAUUGAAGUUAGAAGACACUUCAUUGAAGCCUUAGCCAGUCCGUUUGGAAGGCCAGUUGAAGCUGAUCCUGUCUUUUGCAGGAAGGCAACUUUUCUCGCUGCAUCUGGUGUUUUCACAUUCCUGGUACAUUUCCUGAUUCCAACUCAAUUUCCAAAGCAACAGCCGUCUAUUAUGCUUCAAAGUUCACAGCAUUUUAAUUCGCAAAUGGCACCUAUGAAAUCACGGCUCAUAUCUGAUUAUCCAUGGAGUCCGAGAUGGGAACCAUUACUGAUGGCUGAGCGUAUUUGUGAGUUUCUGGGAGAUGAGGCCUUGAACUUCAAGAGGCAAUGCAGUGAGGGUCAAGUUCAGCAGUAA